AUGGAAACGGUCGCCAGAGAUACCGGUCGGCACGUUCCCGAAGAGUCACGCCGAUCCGGGAGUAGAAGCCAGAAAUCCAGAAUCUGUCUCGAGGCGCGGCAGGGCAAUUACGGUAGCGGCCGGCGACGCCGCUGGACAAUUUCGGGCCUGCCUGCCCUGACCAGCAGUAAUAAUAAUUUGAUUGCACUUCCUCCGCUAGGACCAGCUUCUAGGAGGUUCUUAGGUGACGUUUCUUCGAACUUUUUCCGAGUUUCCACUUCAAUUCUGUAAACAAAAAAACUUGUCUUCAAAAAGUUGGGAUCUGUUUUUGUUUGUAAACCGACUUUGUGUUUUUUUUCCAUUUUCAUUCUUCAUUUCUCUAAAAUCUUAAUUAAAUCUAAAGUCUAAUUUGACACCUCUGAAACUUCAGAAUCUGAAUUUUCUUCUACAAUUUCCUAAUUUCUUAAUUCAUUUUAAAAUGCUUAAGUAAAGCGAUAAAGUUUUUUUUUCAAUUCCAUCUUUUCUUUUCAUUCGUCAAGCGAUUUUUCAUCGUCGAACUCAGAAUCUCUUUUAGAAAUAAAUAACUUAACUCAUUUCUUCGUUUCCCCUCCAAGCUGUUGUUUCACCCUCCAUGCUAAUUUUUUUAUAAAAAAAUCUCUGCUUGAUUCGUUUCAAAUGAGCUUCAAGUAUUAAUUUCCACUCACUAGAUCUUCUCCCUAUCAUAGAUUUUAGAGCGGAAAUAAUACAUUGAAUUUUUUUAUAUCAACUUGAAAAAAACAGGCUCUAAAUCGCAAUUAAAAAUGCUUCACCGCCGUUUUCUUUGCAUGAUAUUUAUUUUUAUUUGAAUAACAAAUUAUAUUUAAAAACCUUCGAGAAAUUCAGAAACAAGAUUAGAGAAGCAGCGAAGAACGCCAACGUGUCCGCCGACCGAUGAGGUGGCUCAAAAUCUUAAUCAUCGCUUGGGCGGUAAGAAAUUGAAUUUAAUGAUUUCCGGUUAAACUUGGGAGUUUGAUAAAAAAAAAAAAGACAUACGAAUUUUACUAUCAAGACAUUUUUCAGAACUAUUUAUUCGCCAACGCCAUCAGCAUCGACAACGACAUCGUAGGCGACCCAGACAUUGAAUGUUUGGAGGACGAAAUUCGAGUUUGGGUCAAAACUCGCAAAGCCUUUCGCUGGUCUGUUUUUUUGAAUAGACUUUUUGAAAGGCAAAACAAUAUCUUGGGAAAUUCUUUUUUUAUAAAAAAAUGAUUUAUCAGGAUAAACUUCACUUUACAGUUUUUUUCAUUCGAAAAUUUUUUUCAAGAACCUGCUAGCAAGCUGAAUUGAUGACUUUUUCAAAAAAAAAAAUUAGAAAGAAAAAAACUGAAAAAAUCGCAUACAUAAAAAGGAAUGGCGGCAAGGUUGCUCCAGAGAGCAAAAAUUCCAAAAAAAUUCUGUUUUUUUCUUCUCCUUUUUAAAAAUUUAUUCAAAUUUAUUAAUUGUUGUUUUUUUCAUAAUUUUUUUCAUAAUAUUUUUUUCAGAUAAUGAUCUGUACAGACAAAGCUGUUUUUCAUUAUUCUUACUGAGAGAAUUCAUGAAAAAAUGAAUCGAUUUGCUGAAAUAACGCGCUCCUGGAUUCAUCUUUUUUUUUCUGUUUGAAAAUAAGAUACUUAAAAGUCAAUAUUCAGGAAGAAUAUAUGCCAAAGGCCGAAGCGAGUUAGAAGAAUGCUUCAAAGACGAUUUCGCAAGGGAUCGAACCAACAAGCCGCAUUUCGAUCUGAAAUUCGGGGCUUGUGGCAUGAAAAGCUUAAGAUCGGUAGGGCGUAGUUUAAUUCGAAUUAUUAAAAAAAAAUCCGAAAAAGUUGAAAAAAAACAAUUUCAGGUCGAUCCACGCGGCAUGUACUACGGCAUCACGGUGGUCGUUUCAUUUCAUCCGGUAAAUUUUCAUAUAAUUCAUGAAGUUCAGUUUUUCAGAGUUUAGAUUUCUAUUUAGUAUCGAUUUUACUAAUUUUUCAGUUAUUCAUCACAAAAGUCGAUCAAGCUUUUCAUGUUAAAUGCUUCUUUGAGGAGGCUAGUAAAGGAUUGACGGCGGAACUCGGUGUUAGGUUCGUUUUUUUUUGUAAAACUUAGAAUUUAAAGUGAAAAAAAGCUAAUUCUGACUGAAAAUUAUUCCAUGAAAAUUUUUACGUUUUUGAAAAGAUUUAGUGUGAAAAUGUAGAAUCGAUUUUUUUUUUCCUUGUUUUGAAUCUUAUGUGGACUGCGUUAAUUUCAUCGUUAAUUUCAUUGAAUUUCGAUUGAACCUGAGAUUAAAAAUAGUUUUUUUCAAGCUGAUAUCUCUUUCAAAAAAAAGAAAUAUCCUCAACUUCAAAAGCAUUUUUAGGGCUUUUUAAAUUCCUAAAUCGUGAAAUUUAGCUAAUAUUUUUUUCAAAUAAAUUCACCUAUCGGCUUUUUUUCUCAAGUUAUAAUAAUAAAUUAUGAAAAAAAUAUUGAACCGAAUUUUUCUUCUCAAAUAUUUCAUAUAAACUCAAAAUUCAAGAAUGUAAAUAAUAUUUUUUUCUAUUUUUUUCUUUAAUCAUUUAGGAAAAAAAGUAAUAAAGCAAUGGCCUGAAGAGACGACAGAGAAGUUAAAGCACUUUCGAUUCUCUGCCCUCUCCUCUUACUAAAUCAACUAGAAUUUUUAAAUUUCUGCUUUGAUUUCGUUCACCUCUUACAAUUGUUUAAUGUUUCCUUUAAAAGUCUAAAAAAAUCAUGAAUCAUACAAAUCGAAAAAAAAACCGGUGCACUCGAGUCGGAAGGCAAAAGUACGGCUGUCCAUUCAAGGGCUCCAAUAAUUUCCUCGGCCAUACGAAAAAUUCUUCCUUUUUUUGCCCCGUUUAUAAUUGCUCAAACCGUCUGGCCAGCUAGCUGGCGCGGUUUUUCUGACCUAAUUGGGCGGAGUGAAAAUUUCCGACAUUUGAAACGUCCAGUUAAACCGGAUUUUUUUUGAGUAAAAAUGAAAAUGGGGCCUUUUUCGGGAUAUUUUGGGAUACAGGUUUUUUUAUCAAGAGGAGUGACUAAAAAAACAGAAAAAUUUUUUUUAACGCUAAUUAUUUUUUUCAAUGAAAAAAAGUAGUUGAAGUUGAUAUGCUCCCAAAUGCUAUCGAAAGGAACUCUAAUUAUUCGAAUUUACUUCUAGACAUUCAAAAACCCAAAAACGUAAAAAAAAAAUCGGAUAGUUAUUUGUUUUUUUCUUUUGCUUCAUUUUUGUAUUCAGCACUGAGAAAUUUUCAGUGCGCUCACCAAGUAGUCCUUGAGAAACCUCUUAAGUGGCCACCAAAGUUUUCAGCAUGAUCCCGACGACGGAAGUCGAGGCCCGCCACGGGAUUCCCGGGUGUUCCUACUCGAUUCACCUGUCUUCCAUCGACAAUAUCGACGCCGGAAGACCCGCCGGUCCUCCGAUUCAGUUCGCCAGAGUCGGGGACAAAGUCCUCCAUCAGUGGCAUUGCAAUGAUCGUCAGUUUCUCAACACAGCGCUCACGAAAAUGAAAAAAUAUUAUUUCUAAUAAUUGCGUGGUGGAGCAUUUGAUCAAAAAGAACUGGUAAAGUAAAUAACUUGAAGGUUAAGUAAACGCGGCGGAUUGGAUCAAAGUAGUCCCUUAAGAGUACGGACGAUCAUUACAGAAAUUAUUUAAUUUUUUACCUUGGUUAUUCAGAAAACGUUUUUCUUGUAAAUUUUAUCACUUGAAAUUUUCAGAAGGAUAGAUAAGCCUUUAUUCGCUCAUUUUUCAAUUAAUAAAAGUUUCAUGCAGAUUUUCUAAGUUUCAAAGUAACGCUUUCAGAAAGGGGACAUCAUAGUGUCCGCCAAAGUCUUUCAAAAAUUUUUGAGUGGUCCCUAUAGGGUUUCGUUGUUUUUGGGACCAUUAUAGGGGCAAUUUCACGAUCUUUGUUAGAAAGCGUAGGGGUGCCUCAAAGGGUCCCUAUUAAGCUCCCUACAAGGACCACUUCUUCUCAGUAAGAUGCAGAAGUCUUUCACAACACUGAAAACGGCUCUUCAUUUCCAGGGCUUCAUUGAACUCUUUAAAAGCUCCUCUGAACAUCCGAGCGAAGAUUUAUAAUUUUGAAAUUCUUAGAAAUGUACGGGGUUCUCAUCAAUAAUUGCUACGUAACUGACGGAUUCGGCAAGAAGGCCGACGUCAUCGAUGAUAAAGGGUAUUUCUGAAACGUUACUCUCAUGUUUCCCCAAAUGAAAUCUCAGCUGUCCCUUGGAUCCGAUUUUAAUCACCGGAAUCAGAUAUUCGUCGGAUUUACAACGGGCCUACGCUGAAUCAUCGGUAUUUCUUCAGGUUUCAGACAAAUUCUUGUAAUUUUCAACUUUUAGGUCUUCAAAUUCGCAGACAAACCAGGGGUAUGGUUCUUCUGCCAGGUGCAGAUGUGUAUGAAGAAGCAUGGGAUGUGCGAUGGGAUUACGGUAGGAUUUUACAGUACUUCUGGAAUUUCAAAAGUGUAGUGGAAAUGAACGAAAUUAGGAUCAAAACGGUUAGUACCAUUCUGUAAUUUUUUGAGUAAUCACAACCCCAUCGUCUCAUUUAGAAUGUCUGAAUUGACUUGCAACCGACCUAAAACGACUUGCGAUAGCUAAAGUAAGAGAAAGGUUCUGAAUGUCAAGUUGGCUGCAAAAAACCGCUACUCUAUUUUGUGUUCUUAUUUGUUGUGUUGUAAGAAUAUGAAAUGAAAGUGAAUUAACGAUUAACCAUAUCAUUCGUUGGAGCAUUGAGAUCAAGGUCUCGAGACGAAGAUUCGAUUUUAGAAUAGUGUUCUAAAAUUCGACCGUUCGACCAGUUAGACCGUUCAACUGAUAUGACCGUUCAGUUUUUCGAACGGUUAUAACAUGUCAUUUUUCUGACCGUUCGUUUGACCGACCAAUUUCUGAAAUUUACGAAACCGACCGACCAUUUUCGAAGUGACAUUUCGAACGUUCGAAAAAUGACCGACCAUUUUCAGAGUGACAUUUCGAACGGUCAAAAAAUGACCGACCAUUUUCAGAGUGACAUUUCGAACGGUCAAAAAAUGACCGACCAUUUUUGAAGUGACAUUUCGAACGUUCGAAAAAUGACCAACCAUUUUCAGAGUGACAUUUCGAACGGUCAAAAAAUGACCGACCAUUUUAAGAGUGACAUUUUGAACGGUCAAAAAAUGAACGACCAAUUUUGAAAUGGCGUUUCAAACGAUCGAAAUUUGACUGAAAAAAGUUAGAAAUGUCUGAAAUGAAAUAAAUUGAAUCAACGUUUGCGAAAAGAAUGGAAUUUUGAGAAAACUCCGCGUGCUUCGUGAUAAUGAAUAAGCUCCUAGUUACUCUGACAAGGAAACUGUUUUUAUCCCCCGGUUGAACUUUUGAUGAAACUUCGCAGGGGUGUACUUUAAGGCAUGCUGAUUCCAAAUCAAAAAUAAAAUAUCUCGCCUUUUGCCUCGUAGUCAAAUUAUGACGGCUCAAAGUUUGCACGUGAAAGACUGGAACGCAGUAAGAAGGAAUGUGUCUCGCGCACGAGCCCUCACUUCCAGCGUAAGAGAAAAUUUUCGAAUAGGCAUUUCGAACGGUCGAAAAAUGACCAACCAAUUCAAGAGUAACAUUUUGAACGUUAAAAAAAUGACCGACCAUUUUGAGAGUGACAUUUCGAACGGUCAAAAACUGACCGACCAUUUUCGAAGUGACAUUUCGAACGUUCGAAAAAUGACCGACCAUUUUCAGAGUGACAUUUCGAACGGUCGAAAACUGACCGACCAUUUUCGAAGUGACAUUUCGAACGUUCGAAAACUGACCGACCAAUUUCGAAGUGACAUUUCGAACGUUCGAAAAAUGACCGACCAAUUUCAGAGUGACAUUUCGAACGGUCAAAAACCAACAUGUCAUUCUGAAGUGACAUGUUGAAAUGUUGAAACUCCAACCGUUCGACCAAUGACCAUUUAUUAUGACAUGUUGAAAAAAUAUUGGUCGAACGGUCGGUCGAACGGUCAAUUUUCGAAACUAUAUUUUAGAAUCAUAUUUAACUCUGAAGUAUACUAGAUCUUUUUUUAGACUUUCAACAUUUUGACAGGGAUUUUUUUGAUCUUUUCCAUGCUAUAUAUAUAUAUAUAUGAAAGUAGGAAGAAAUUUAUAGCCACCAACUUGUGGAUCCGUCUCCACGGCAAGUUCUGGCUCUUCUUCCUCUUCUGCUUCAUUUCCAACGAAUUCUGAUGGAAAUGAAGAUUAUCACGAUAGAGAUCACGACCGUGAUCGUGAAUCACCUCCAAGGUACAUCAAAAAUCGCUAAGAAAAACUUAAAAAAGGAUUUUAGCCGUCAAAAAGGCUCCCAGAGACAGACAACCGUUUCUGCGGCCCACGAUUACGAUUAUGAUAACAAUGUGGAUCGGCCCAGCAGACAGAAGUGAUUUUUCGAAUUGUUUUGCCUCGAAAUGAACAAAAAAUGUUCUAGAACAACAACAGCCCCAAGGAGAACAACUACAACUUCGGAUUAUGACUACGAUAACAGGAAAGAAGCCAAAUUCCACAGGUAAAAGAAGGUUUAAUGGAUCGUCGAAAAAAUUCGAAAAAGCUGGAAAUUUUCGAAUAGAAGAGUGCUAAGAAGAAUGAUGGUAGAGGGAUAAUGAAAUGAAAAAAUCCGGCGGAAAGAAUUUUGAAAGUGCAAGAUUUCUGAAAUUUAGCCCUUAAAAAAGCAUUCACGAAUAAUUCCUUGUUAAAAAGUUUUCUAUGCUCAUUUCAACAGAGCAAGCUUUAUUGAAACUUAUUAGAACUGCGGAUUUCAGCCUUAGUAAAAAUAACUUUGAAAAAGUUCUUUUUUAGUCCUGAAACGCAUUCGUACUCGAACAAGCCGGUGGAUUAUGAAUCUCAGCCGGAAGCGGUCACCGUUUUUGGCCCGGGCUUGAAUCCCGAUUCCAACAGUAUCAGCGCCAAUGAUCAUGAUGACCACAAGGUCAAAACCACCACGGUAAGUGCGUUGAGAAGCUUUCGAAACAGAGAGUUUUUCGAAUAAAAAAAGUUGAAUCUGGUAUACUCCAUUUUCCGCGACUUGAAACUGCUGUUUUCUCUGCACUCUCCUCAUCUUUAGACGGCCCUCUCAUGUUGACGUGCUAUUUUCGUAGUUCUUUGACCUCCCCGGUGAGGGAACAGAGAGACGCAGACACUCGAAACGACUUAAAAACUGACUAAAAUUUGAAAGAGUCGUAUUUUCAGACUUCCGAGUCAGUUUCUCAAACUUUCGACACAGAAGACGAUUUGGCUGGUUUGGAAUCGACGACCGCAGAGCCGAAGAGCAAAAAAAUCGGAAAAAGUCAGAAAUAUAUUCGGAAAAAGUACAAAAACUCUCGAAAUGUAGGCGAUUACAAUGACUACGAUGAAGUGACGAUCCCGCCAAAUCUGACCGAUUUAUUAGCGAAUUUACCAGAUGAUUUGAGCAGCGACAGUAUUCAGAAAAUGUUGAGGUGGGAUGCAGAAAAGGUUUGAAAGAAGAUGGGGUGAUUUUUAGAGAUUCCGUGGAUAAUCCGAAGGCUCUGAUCGCUGAAUUCGACCGGAUGAUGAAACAGAAUGAGGUGAGAAUAUUGAAAAAAGGUCAAAAAAGAACAAAGUGGAAAGUUUUAGGUCGGAAAGGCGAAGAAUAAAACAAAGAGCAACAAGAAGAAAAAGCAAAAAGGAAGAAAUCAGCGAGAAUUGAAGGCUGGAGAUUUGAGGACCGGCGAUAAGAUCGAUCAGAUUCAGGUAAGUCUGGAAAAAGGAAGAUAAAAAAGUUGAGCCCUCGAGGGGUCACUUAAGCUUGCGAAACGGGGUACUAUAGGGGUUUCAGUCAGUGACCCCUAAACUACCCAGUUAAGGCCCUUCAUAAGGGGGCCUUAACUGCAUAAGCUCCCUAAAUUUUACCUAUUUUCAGUCCCCUUCAGGAAUUUUUUCCCUCUUUACCCCUAUAGGGCGCUUCUACGUUCAUCGAGAAAGAAAACGAAAGUAACUGAGAUUUUCUCGCGAGUUUGAAAAAUCGUUCUUUUUUUUUCGAAAAUCUGGAGUAGAAAGAUUUGAAGUUCCGAGUCGAUCAAUUUCAAAAAAAUUAAUUUAAACUUUUUUUUCCCCCCUAUUAACAGGAUGUUUUUAAAGCUUUUUUUAAUAGUCUAAAAAAACGAUUCUAAAUGAUUUUUUUAGUUCGAAAAAAAGCUUUUUUUCUGAAAUUAUAUUGAUUCCAGAGAGAAAGAUCAGCUAAGAUGUGAAUUUCAGUUAAAUCUGACGUCGCUUUGAACCAGAAAUGUUUUAUUUUUCUUUUCGAAGGCAUUAUUUUCCUCAGGUCGACUGGACCUCAACUCGUCGACGGGACUUCGUCGAUGAAGAUGUGCCCUUGAGACAGAGGCCUUUGGGAGUUCGACCGCCUGUUAUUGGAGACAAGCCAAUGAUCGCCGGCCAGCUGAUGAUUUUCGACCUGGAUGAAGAGCCUCCACUUGAGGUCAAACCCACUGGAGCAGGUGUGGAGAUUUAUCGAAAAGGUGUGAAUAAAAACUUGAAGAAUCUCAAAACGAGGAGGAGAACUGCACGAUUUCCCGCGGCAGUCUGGUGGCCAUUUUCGGAGGUUUGGGCGCCCUUUGUGCCGCUCUUCUCGCAGUGGCUGUCACCCUGUUCUUGAGGCUGAACAGCUUAAAAGGUGAGCAAGGAACUGAGGAGUCAAAACGUUGAUAAAUUAUGAACGAGAAAAGGAAAUGCACUGAGAAAAUGAAAAACGGUCUCGCAUCAAAUUGACGUUUUUAAAUUGACUCCGCGAAACUCAAAAUAGAGGUCAGAGAGUGAAAAACAUAACUAAACUUUGGAGAUUCAGAGAUAAUUUCAAAUUUGGCUUGAAAAUCGCCUAAAAACCGAAAAAUAAUUUCCAGACAAAAACCUGCACGAGGACGAUUUACCAUCAAAAAGCACCCGAUUUUCCUACGCUCAACAUCGAUUCUUCUAG